GGUGUGGGUGUGGUCUUGUCGUAAUAGACAAAUCACCAGCCAUUCUACUCAUCCGGCGCAGCGGUCACCACCAAAGGGCAUUUUCUGAGGGGAAGUUUUUUGAGCCUGCGAUUUCGUGGGGGAAAUGACAUCACAGAUCAUCCCUUACGGUCAAGCUAUGAUGACGAUACACAAUAAUGCUUGCUACGUUUGCACAGGUGGUGCAACAGAGAAAAAAAAACCAGGACUUGCCCGCCUGACAGCUCAAUUCUGGAAGCCUUUCAAUCAAUUAUUGUUGUCUUCCAUUCCUAUCUGACACCUCAGUCGUCAUCAGGCCUGAUAAUAACUAAUACGACGAAACCAUGAUCGCAACUCAACCUGAAUACCGGCGUCAGGACUCCAUGGGUGCGGGUCGUAAAUUGGUCAAGAAACAGCCAUCACCAUCCCGCAGAAGGUCAAAUUCUUUGUCGGGGCAAACUUCACCAAUGGAGCCUGACAAGGAGAAGAAGUCCAAAUUUAGGCUCUCCAACCCAUUUUCAUUCUCCUCUUCGACCAAGGAAAAGGAAAAAGAGAGGUUCGAGGACAAGACUAGCAGCAAUCCAGCAGAACAGUUUGUAUCUACUGAUUCGGCAUACGGGAGCGGAGGGAGUCUAACAAACCCGGCAACAUCCACAACUGUUGCUCCGCCCAACAACACCUCUUUGACCUCGGACACUACACCUAGUACUAGCGCCGGCACUAUCCCCACGCGGGGGAACGGCCUACUCAAGCCGCCUUCGACUCUCAUUACUCCCCCAACACCUCCUGCACAGCCUGUCGCCCAGGUCGCCCCGGCGGCACCGUACACCACGGCCGCUAGUCAAGGCGAGCCCAUCACUCAGCAGACUUACCACGAUGCGAGGACUGGAAACACGGUCACAACGACUACUACAACCACAACCACAACCACCACUACUACGGGACCCAGCGGGUCUACAACAGUCCAGAUGCCUUCCGUCCAGGCGAGUAGUAGUCCGUCACCUCCACCUGCGCAUAUCACUAGCCGUACAGGCUCGGACCCUCCUGCACCUGCACCACCGCAACCGGGGAUGCAGGCUCCAGUGCCUCUUCCACCGCCUCCGGUCGGUCAAGGUCCAGCCGAGUCGUCGUCAGCAUCCUCGACCUCUGCGGCAGCUGUCACAUCUGUCGGUCACGAGAGGGAGAGUAGUGAACUGUCCCCGCCCGUACCAAACAGGAGCAACAUCCGGAAUCGAGUGGAGCUGUCUGCAUCGCCGGGCCAUGAGAAGAAGAACCCAUUGACGGUGUCACCAAUCGAGGAGGAAGCCACAAUCUCAACCAACGAAUCGUCACCUGAAUCCGGUACCAAGACAGGGCUGCAGCCCAGACCCCUUUUUAAUACACAGGGGCCUUUAACCCCGGAACAGCCCCCGCCCCUGCCGCCCAAGAAGCCUUUGCAGCAAAAGUCAACUUUGAGCAACCUGAAGAAUGCAGCGGUUGGCAUCCAUGGAGUGGCUGAGACUCUCCGCGGCACCAUAAAUGACGCUGUAGACAGACGCUUUGGUGACGAUGACUUUUCAAGGAACAAAAAUCAGGCUGCUAUCGAGGCGGGGCGGGCUGAGAUGGCAGCUGCGAGGGAAAGGGGACGGUUACGACAACUACAAGAGACGCAGCAGCAACAGCAGGGCCAAUCUCCCUAUGGACAUCAACACCAACAGCAAGAUGACAACAGCGCAUUUGUCCACGUCGAGCCCGACGCUAAUGAAGAUUACUACCAUCCGUCAAGCCACGCCGGCCGACAAGGCUCGUUCGGAGAGGCCGGGGCCAUGAGCAGCAGCACCCCUAGUGGUGGCACCCCCAGCAGCAUGGGCAGUGCAAGCAGUGGCGGAUAUCCUCCGGCUGGUCAGGGUGCGGCGUCCGGUGCGUACGACAACGGUAGCGGGGGAACUGGCUCCCAAGGGGGUCUGGAGAGGGGCAAGGGGAGACUGGGGAGCUUUGUCAAGAUGAUGAGGCAUGGGCCUAUGAGUGCAGAGGUGAUGCCAGAAAGACGAGACAGGGACGCCAGGUUGAGUGUGGUGAAUGAGUAA